UGUUGACCCUCCUAAACAUUUAGCUAAGCUAAGCCAAGUUAAGUAGUUAAGUAUAGCUUAAAGUUCGUCAAAGUUGUAAAGUUAUUUAUCAUCGAAAUAGUUCCCGCCAAAAACUAAAAGAAAAAAUGUUUGUUUAUGUACACAAAUCAACUGAAAUCUAUGGGGCGAAAAAAGCCAGGAGCUCAGUGAAAAGGGGGAAAACUAUAAGUGUUAUCUGUGAGAUACAAAUUUAAAUUUAAUUAAUCUCAGAUUGCAGAAAUAAUUAUUGUUAUCCUAGUUCUAACUUAGCUCAUAAUUUUAAUGACAUCUUAUAUCCUUUAAUAUGUUUCUCAAAUUUUAGGCCAUGCCUCUGAAAUAUAAUAUUCCUCUUAUGUGGUAAAUGACAUUCGCCUUCGCGAAGGAAGCCAUUUAUAUGCUUUCUAUGUACAUAUCCUGGUUGGAAUGACAACAAAUAUUGUUGCCAUUCGAGUCCUCUGAUUUAUUUACCCAUAUAUACCUUCUGCCCGGACCCAAAAGUAGGAGAUCCAUUUCACUCCCCUUUCGGGUUUUGUCUACAUUCGACAAAUACAAAUCGCUCGCGAAUGUGUUUAUUGUGGAAACUCGGCUGUAUGUUCAACUGCAAUUGCCAAAGAGAGGAAGCACCUCCUGCCCUCCAUCCAGAUUCACCUGCCCCCCAGGAACUGGCGAAUCGGAAAUAGGUUUCGUGUUAUUUAUUUACCCACAAUCGACACGCGAGGCAGGCGAGCAGUGAUAUGCAUAUCGAUGAGAGCCGCGGGGAUUGGAUUGGGCAGGGAUUCGAGUGAAGAGGCCUGCUCGUGAUCCUCGUGAGUGGGAACUAGGGAUAAAAUAAAGUGAUCCUAUAUCCUGUAAUUCCUGUUCGGUAAAAGAUUUAACAAUAUAUAAUUUUAUAUUAAGAAAAUGAACUUCCGUAACUCGAAGUAUCUUUAAGACGAACUAGUUUAUGGCCACCUAAACCAUAUCUAGGCCAUACAAAAGGAAAGGAUGGAAUAGAACAGAAAUUAAGAACAAAUAAUUUUUUUAAAAGCAACAUUUUGCUGGAUUAUAUUACAAGUUCCUCAAAAAUUGAAUAUAAACAAAUUUGUUCUGGCUAUAUCUUUAAAAAAAAAUAAGAUCUGGCGUGAAAAACCCUAGAUAUGGUAACCCUGCACUAGGCAUUGUAAAUAUUAAUAAAACUCUCAAGGGAGUUAAAAUGAUCUAUAUUCUAUAUUCCCAAUCUUACAAAUGUUGGUUAGAGCAAUUAUUUGCUUGGAAAGAUUAAAGGCCCAUUAUUUUCCGAUUUCGAAAUAAAAGAUACAUUUAGUUUGGUAACUUGCAGCGAGAAAAAAAAAGUUUUUCUAAGUAUAUUUGAAUACUUGAAUAUACAUUUCUUAAUUUCUAUUUUUUUUUUUAAAUUUUGGACAAAUUUUUAAAAUUAUAAUAAGUAUCCUCACGCGAUCAUCUCCUUGGCAAACUGCCGGGCGCAAAAUCAAACACAACUCGGCAGGAGACCCAGUCAAGGGGUCGUCGGCGCUGGGAACCGGAGUAGUUCGCUUCAGAAUCCUGUCAUCCGUCGGCGGUUGUUGUUUAGUCGCGUGAAACAAAUCAAGGAAGCGCCAGGAGUCGGCAAUUUCGCGCUAUAUCCUGAACCCGCGCCUAUAAAACAGUCGAUUUACGACCCCUAAUUAGUCGCCCACGCGCCUAGUAAACCAAUUUGAAUUUUCGUAUUUUUCGGCGCGAAAAACGAAAGGAAAAGCGUGCAAUUAGCCUCGAAGUUUUCCGCUCAAAACGCGAGGGAAAAGUUGGCCAAAAGUGUAAAUUGUUUUCGAGUGUUUUGAGGGAGGUAAAAAAAAAAUGUGAACAGCGUGCAAACUGUAAAUGUGCAAAUUGAGUCGGUGGAAAAGGUGUGGAAAACUGAAAUGUGGGGGCCGCUUAAAGGGUUUAAUGACAGACAAGGAAUCACAACAAUUCAUUGCCCCCGUCUUAAUCGAUUUUCACAUUUCCCCGGGGCUAUCAAAUUCGAACUCCUUCUACUCCUCAAUAUAAUACGCCUUUAAAAGUGUUUUAAGUGCGCCGAGCCACGCUUUCCUCUAGAACUCACCCUCCCCAAUAAAUAACUAUAACUAUAACCCAUCCAAGAGUCAGACAGACGAUAUUAUUUGCUGCCACCCGCUAGGCAACUUUAUUUUCAAAUCGUGUCAAACAGUCGGGCCGCGCAAAUAAUAAUAUCUAUAAAACGGGGGGACUUCCCCACCCCCACCAAAACUUGUGUUGCCAAAGUGCCAAAGAAACGAAACUUUGAAACCCGAAACCGAAACCUUGCCACCUACGGCUCGAAUUGGUUUUAUUUUCGUGACAAACUUUUAAUAGCAAUAUUAUUGAAAUGAAAUGAAACGGUAAUGAAGUCGAAAUUCGUCUGGGUUAUGCGAGAUAUAUUUCUGUGGCCGCCGACACGAAGGCUCCGUUCCCGAGCAUUCGACACCGAAAGCGAUUUGAGUACAGAGAUAUACACUCGUAUCUGCAAUCGACAAUUGACAACUGACAGGUGAUUCCGUGCGCGGAUUUGCAGGCAAUUAGUUACAGAUUUCUGACUUGCCAUGAACGCUGAGGCCAGCUCCGCCGACUGCCCCCAUCGCCAGCAGUUGGAGCACACGCUCCUCCACUGCCAGACCCAGUCGGAAAUCCUGCAGGCCACGCGGGACAAUUACCUCAGCAUUAUCGAUGAGUUCAAGCGGGACCUCGAGGAGCUGACCGAGCAGGUGGAGCAGCAGCAGCGCCUGCAGCAGAGCUCGCACACCAGCCAAUCCUGUCCAGAGCCAGAGCUCCACAGUGUGGAUCACCCGCGAAUCAACUGCGAACUAGAAAUACAAAACGAACACCUCGCCUGCCAAAUCCAAGGACUGCAGAACAAUCUAAAGGAUCGAGAUAAUCAGAUCGACCAGCUGCAGUCCAUGAUCAGGAGCUACUCCGAUUUCAGCGAAAACAACCGACUUAAAGGGGAGAUACACGAACUCAAGCAGAAGAAUUGUGACCUGUCUCGCCAAGUGCGGGAAAUGGCUACUGUGCUGAACAACCGAGAAGAGCAACGCGUGGAGCUGUGCACCAAGCACGGGCACUUGGUGACAAGCUUCGAGAAUCAGUGCCAGGAGCUUAAGGCAGCCAAUAGAAGAGUGCAGAGCCUGCAGUCGAAAUUGGAUCAGGUGGAGCAGCUGCAGGAUGAGUUGAGAACAGAGCGCAAAAUGCUGCGGGAGGAGGUGAUCGCCCUGAAGGAGAAAGAAGCCGUUUCAGCGGGACGCGAGCGGGCACUUCAGGACCAACAGAAAAAUUUCCAUCUGGAGGUGGAGAAGCAGCGCCUAACAAUUCGCGAAUUACAUGCACAACUGCAACUAGAUGAAGCCCGGUUCAUCGAUAGUCAACGGCAGAUGGAUGAGGUCAUGAAGUCUGUGAAGCAGGAGCUGCUCGCCUCGGAGGCCAAGUACCAGCAAGUAGUGACCCGUCUGAAGCAGCAGAUCGAGGUCAACCAACAGCAGGAGCAGAUCAUCGGCUCGUUUCGCAAGUGGAAGGAUGCACAGGUCAGGGCCGACGAUGCGAUGCGCCAGUGCGCCAAGCGGGCCGAGGAGCACAUCCACAUGCUGCUGGAGGAGAACCAGGCGCUGGCCGAGGACUAUCGGAACCUCUUUCGGGACCACGGGCUCCUGGAGGCGGAGAUGUACCGGGUCAAGCAGGCGGUCAACUAUGCGUCCAGCUCCUCGUUGGCAUGCCCACCUCAGAUGAGCGGUAGACGGACGAAUGCCGAGGCGGGAAACGAUAUGGACAGACGACUGCAGAACUUGACCAGCACCUCCCAGCGUAUUUCCAACCAGAACCGGACUCUCAACGAACAGUUCUGUAACCCCUUGAGUUCUCGUAGUCCGUCAGGAAUAGGUCGUCCGGUGGCCGAGUCCACAUUGAGGCCCACAGGAUCCCCGGAUGAUUUGUCGUAAGACCGGAUGUAUAACCUGGAAUUCCCUCUCCCUCCGUCCAUUUUAUCUAUGUUUUCACCCAAAAUCCCUAGGCCAACAAUAUUUUCGAGGCGCGUAAUUUGUAAAUUAUCUUUGUAAAUUGUGGUAGAAAAUAAAUAAAACCAAGUGCUUGUGUAGCUAA